CCGUCAAUAUUUUCCAAACAUUUCGUUUAUUUAUUUUUUCUUUAGGCGGGGAUAAAUAGUUAGAACAAAUUAUUUUAUAUUUGUUCAGCCAUGUAAGGGGAGAGAGUGAAGGAAUUUAGACCAUCGAAAUAUAUUUGUAUAUUUGUCUCUCUCUUCUUGUUAUAGUAAUAGUAAUUCCCACCCUCUUUCUCUUAGUUUUCGUCGUGUUUCUUUUCGUCGCUUCUCCCAUCAACAUUGUUUUUCUAUCCAAAGCCUGCAUGGAUUGUAUUCAGCGUUAGGCGUGUAAAUGGAUGCAACAAGAAACCGUGGGAGGGGCAAAAUUUUUGCCUGUUUUAGGCCGCUUGCCAUCGAAGACUAUGAACCGGUCUCCGACUCCGCUUCGGUGCAAUCUUCCGGCGACGAGGGCAGCCCAUGGAGGAAGAAGAGGCUCCGCCGUAGUUUGUCCGCCGCCCUCAAGGCCGUUAUCUUUAGGACCGCACUGCUGAAGAAAUCUAAGAGCGCAAAUGAUGGCGGAGAAGAUACCGAUGGAUACAGAAUCAACUUCUCACCCUUCAGAGGCAGAAGUUUUAUAAAAUCAAAGAGGAAGAAUGCGUCGAACAAACCGCCGUUAGCGCCCGACGGAAGUUUCUGGUCCCACUCCAACCGUUCACCGCUAUUCUCGUCGGACGGAAGCCGAACGCCGUCGAUGUCUUCGCUCUCCGCGUCCUCCCGCUCCUCCCCGGCUCGGUCGGAAUCUGACAGCAUCCAACGAUGUGUUUCCAUCGACUAUUUCAGGCAAACAAACCCGAAGCAAAGAAUGAUGAAAAAAUGCAUCAUACCUUAUCUGGAAAUAUGUGUGCUAUUGGUGUGCUUGGCUGCAUUGAUUUGGGGGAAGGUUUUGGCGAUAGUGGCUUGCACUUCAGCGUGGUUGUUCAUCGCUCCCGGCGGCCGGAGCCGCAAGCUCAGACGGGCUGACUCGUACGAGUUGAGCGACUCGGAGGAGUACAAGAAGCGGGUGAUCAUGGAAGGGUUGCUGGAGAGAGAUCGCUCUAGGGUUUUGCAGUAUUCAACAUAAUUUCUACUGGUGGACAAAUUGAAAAUUCUUAAUUUUCUUUUUGUUUUUCUGUGUUUUUUGUCGCUCUCCUUCUUGUGAAGGAAGUGUUAUUAAUAGUUAUCGGUGUUUCUGUUUUUCUCAGGGGGCUAAGCUAAGUUUAGCUCACUUGUAAUGUGUAUCAAAUAAUUGUACAUAAUUAAUGUAAUCUGUAUAAUAAAUCUUUGAUCUCUUCUUGAA